CCCUCCUGCUCCUAACUCUCCGAACCGCUGCAGCCUUCUGUCAGAUCAAGCUCCUGCUCCGUUUUUAAUAUUUUUUUCCUGACUUUUGGAUCCGGCGGGGCUGGAGCUGGAUGGAUUCCUCCUUUGCUGGGUAGAAGUUGUCCCAGUUGAUCGGACGGACUGGGAUCUGAGCGCUUCAGGAUUGUUUUUAUUGUGAUGCGACAGGAGCGAACCUGUGGAUCAGUGGGUGAACUGAGCCGCAGGGAGGUUCAUGUCUGAGGUUUCUGCUUCCUUUGAUAUCCUCGCACCAUGCCUGAAGGGUCGCGGCGCGGCAGCCAGAGAUCGCCCAGUAACUCAGCCACCAAGCGUCCCUCCUCAGUCUCGUCUCUGAGUGGGAUUGUAGGUAGGAUGAUGUCAGCUGGCGAGCGAGCAGCAUCUUCGUCCUCCUGCACGUCUGUCAACACCUUUUGUUCGGACAACGAGCGUCCCGUCUCCCUCUCCUCCUCCACCUCCUCGGUCUCUCUGCAGGAUGCGUCCCACUCCUCUUCUUCUUCCUCCUCCUCCUCCUCACUUCCGUAUGGUGCGGUUCCAGCCUACAACGCCUCAUUAUCAUCGUCAACAUCCUCCACUCCAAAACGCAACGGCUCUGACAUCAGCCUGGACCUCACACCACUAGUAACUCUGCACACUGUAGCGCCUCCGACGGGUGGAGGAGGGGUUCCCAAGAUGACGGCAACAAGCCCCGCCCCUAAUGGACAUAUAACCAAUCCGGUUGCAGCGAUGUUGGCAGGGGCCAUACCCAGGCAGCUUUCAAGGCUGGAGAGAGUUAUUCUGGAGAUCGUGGAGACGGAGCAGACCUACGUCAGAGAUUUAAAAAGCAUCGUGGAGGACUACCUGGGCUGCAUCAUCGACUGCGGCGCCCUGCCACUGAAACCAGAGCAGGUCAGCACGCUGUUCUGCAACAUCGAGGACAUCUACGAGUUCAACAGUGAUCUGUUGGAGGAUUUAGAGCGGAGUCCAGAUGCGGCGGCCAUUGCAGAGUGCUUUGUGGAGCGGAGUGAAGCCUUCGACAUUUACACGCUGUACUGCAUGAAUUACCCAAAUUCAGUGGCAGUCCUGAGGGAGUGCAUGAAGAACGGCAGUUUGGUGCGUUUCUUCCAGGAGAGACAGGCGACCCUGAAUCACUCGUUACCCCUGGAAACGUAUCUUCUCAAGCCGGUGCAGAGGAUCCUCAAAUACCACCUGCUGCUACAGGAACUUUCCAAGCAUGUGGAUAAGAACGACCCUGGAUAUGAGGUGGUGGAGGACGCCAUCAUCACCAUGACGGCGGUGGCCUGGUACAUAAACGACAUGAAGAGGAAGCAGGAGCACGCAGUGAGGCUGCAGGAAAUCGAAUCCUUGCUGGUGAACUGGAGCGGGCCGGACCUCAGCGGCUUCGGAGAGCUGGUUCUGGAGGGUUCCUUCAAGGUCCUCAGAGUGAAAAAGGAGAGAGCGUUCUUCCUGUUCGACAAGAUGCUGCUGAUUGCCAAGAAAAGGCUGGAGCAGUUCAUCUACAGCACUCAUAUCUUUUGUUGUAACCUGCAGCUCGUGGAAACCCUGAAAGACCCACUCUGCUUCAAAGUGUCGGACCAGACAAUUCCCAAGCAGCAGCACAUCGUUCAAACGAAGAACCAGGAGGAGAAGCGGCUGUGGGUCCACUACCUCAAGAGGCUGAUUGUUGAAAACCAUCCAGCUUCACUUCCACAGAAGGCGAGGCAGGUCCUUGGAGACAACCUCCGCCAGUCUCCUCAGUUUGAUCAAGAGAACCUGAAGAAGUCGUCCGCUUCGCCACGUGUGGAUGACCUUCACGGUUUCCAUCGAGGACGGCGUCAAUCAGAACCUCCGGAGCUGCUGCUCUACACGCCAGAGAAAUCCAGGAAGAGUCUGCCGCUGCUGCUGGAGGGCAGCCUGCCAUACAGACGCACCAGGAGGCAGUCAGCUCCUGCUAAAGACAUCGAGGCAGCCUUUCAUCCUGAUGCUCUGAAGCAGGCGGGCAGCGAGGGAGAGCUAUGUCCUGCAGAGAGUCUGGGUUCUGCAGGCAGCAGCAGUACUCUCGCCUCAUCGGUUAUCGAGGUAGAGAUGGAGCGGGAUGAGCCGAGGAUAAAACUAUGUCUGGGAUCGGACCAGCAGGGGGAGGAGGAAGAGGAGCUGGCCACCCUGAGACCUCCUCCUACUUUGUCCAUCACAGAGGAGAUCCUGGAGUUCAUCAACCAGAGUAGAGUACGAGAAGGACUCACCGCCAUGGAGCCUACCAGUGUGUUCGAGUCUCCAGCAAACCAGACCUGCUUCACCUGCCCAUUGCCUCCUAUCGCUGCAAGCCCGGAGCAAAGACUAAUCUCUGAAUAUGACCAGGAAGAAGAAGGCAUCAAAGAAGAAGAUUCAUCCAAUGACAGCAAGAGGGCUACAGAUGAGGUUAAGGAAAUUCCAGAUGUUGCUGGUGAGAUGGAGGAGAUGGAACGGGACAGAACAGAGAAGACAACUGAGGGAGGAAAAGAAAGUGAUGAGGAAGCAGAACAGAUGCUGGAAAUACUUCCAGCAUCAGUUCCUCAGCUCUCCCUAUCUCCAGAAGAAAAAACGAACAUCAGCAGUGAGCUACCAGACUUGGAUGAAGAAUCGGCAGCAUCUCCCCAAAGUCAAGAUGUCCUUCAUCAACCCAUCCAGAGGUUUCCCAUACCUAAAAAAGGUUCCAACCUGACCAAGAAGGACAAGAAGAUUAUUGAAAAGAUCCGCAGUUACUACGAAGCAGCUGCAGAGGCUGAGGAGGAUGAAGCUGAGGAAGAGGAAGAGUCAAGAGAAGGAGCAAUGUCAAGAAGAAGAGGGAGUUUCUCACAGAUCCCAGCCGGCUUGGUGAAGGAGUCUGUCUCACGGUUUAGUGUGCCUGGAAAACAUGGAGAGGAAGCGAGCGUGAAUGAAGACGGGGAGGCAAAUACAGACUCCAUGCUCUGUUCCUCCUUUACUCCUGCUAUGCUUCCAGUACAUGGAGAGGUGAAGGAACCACUGAGCUCCAGUGUGGUGGAUCCAGAGAGUCAAGCAGGGUCUACAGGCUCUGAUGAGAUGAAAGAACCACAGAACACAGAGUUAGAUCCCAAAACCUUACCUGAAGAGGAAACCGAGCUCCUGGAUAAAAGCUGGAACAUCUACAAAGGAUCUCUAGAGGAGACAUUGGAGGAACCAAAGGAAGGAGAGAACAUUGAAUCUAGAACCAUAGAAGAAGAAAAACCGUCUCUUUCUCAAAGUCCUGAAAGCGAAGAAGAGGAAGAGAAGAAUGUUGGCGUUCCUCAGCCUGACACCAACGAACCAAAACCAACCAGCAGCCAGUCAGAACCUUCAACAGACGUCCCAGUACAGGAACAAACACAGAAUAAAACCCAAUCCAUGUGUUCCAGAACCAAAACUGGACAUCAGGCAAACACAAAGGAGAACCUGGAGAGCUUCCCCAGUCAGAGUAAAGUGGGUCGAUGGUCUCGCCACUCCAGGAUCGUCAGCGCCAACCGGGCGUUGUUUGAAGGGAUGGGAUCCAACGUCACCGGUAUCAGCUUGUUUGAGGUGAACCCGGUGGCGGACCCGGUCCUUAUAGAGAACUCAGAACGUAUUCUAAGCAAGGUCCAAACUCUGGCUCGGAUGUACAGUGCCAAAGCCGGCGCCAUGAAAGUGCCUCUGCAUCACAAACGGGUCAGCACCGUCAGGACCCAAGCCUGGGUCACAGCAAGGCUGUCCGAGCGUUCUACCCAGAACAGAGACAAAAGUCCGUCAGAUCAAGAAAAGGAGACCCCAUAUGGAGCCCAGAGUGGUUCUGAGAGCAAAACAGAACACCAAGCCCUGAAACAAACCACCCAGAACCAGACCACGAUUGAGGAGAAGACAAAGAAUCAAGAGGAAAGGCGGGAAAAUCAGAUGAAUGAGUUUCAGAAGAAAGGGGCACGGCCUUGUGAGCUUCUGCUGUUGGGACAUGUGACUGCCGCUUGUAAUCAACAGACCAAUGGAGUCCCUCUUUCUAGGCCCAGAGACUUCAUCUCUGCCCUGGCCCAACCUGCAGUAACUCCAACACACAGUGCUGUGGCAUCUGGAUCCCCUCAGCGCCCCAGAACCCAGCCUAUUAUCCACAGCGCCUCCUCAGGGUCGGCUGCAGCUCUGGGUGGGAGAUUUUCAGAGUUCAGAGACUGUGCUGUAGAGUCAGAGAAGGCUGUUCCUGUUUAUUCUGAGACUGGAGUGCACCAGAGUGCAGACGGCAGCUGGCUGGAGCAAGAUGAUGGAUGCUGUGUUUGGACAACAGGAACCGUCCUUCCUAAGCCAACAGACUCUGAGUCCUGCAUUCCAGGGAGAAACGCUGAUGCAGCAGCUGGACAAUGUAAACAACAGAGCGUAGGACACAACGAGGAUGAGGACAUCUUAAAGACGGACAGACUGUCAGAACCCACUGAGACCCUUGAGGAUCAGAGAGAAGAAGUACCAUCUGGUCCGCUCUCCUCCAUUUCCAGGUCCACUCCGACUUCAGUAGAACCUCUGUCAACGUUUACGAACCCGAGACCAACGGACCUGCCUGUUGGAACCAAGCAGGCCUCAUCAGCACCUUGGGCUAUCAGCAGCUCAUCUGAGAGGAAGCCAGAUGUACCCGUCACAGGCUCAUCCCUUAGGACACCAAGCCCUGUGCCCUUAGUGUCCAAAACCAGCUUCAGCCAUCUCUCCCCUUCCCCUCAAAGAUCUGCCACCACCUCAUCAGUCCAAGCAUCUCCCUGUUCCUCACCGUUCCGGGUCAUCCCGGUAUCAUGUCCCACCCCAUUAUCUCCAGCAGGCUUUACCUCUGCUCUUUCCUGUUUGUCCCCUACCCCUUCCUUGGUUUCCCCAGUAAGAACCCCAACUCCAUCUGUUCCUUUAUCUGGAAAACCUUCAUCAUCAAGAGAAGCAUUUUCUUCCUCUACAUCUCCAUCGCCCCACCAUUCUCCUAACGGUUCAUCCACCAUCUCCUCUGCUUUUACCCGAUCCUUAGCUGCUUCCCACAUCAGUCAGUCUAUCAGUAACAAUAUGGCUAAAAACAGCACAGCACGACAACUAGCACCAACCAUAAAGCUUGUGCAUCAAAGCCCCUCCUCCACUCCAGAUAUACGACAACGGACACCCUCACCCAAUCCUUCUCGAACUCUACAAGGCAUCAGUGCGUCUGCCUAUGCCCCUCUGGGAUGUAACAAAGAGGGGUACCAACAUCCAAAAUGUCCCCCAUCCUCUCUCCGACCCACUUGUCUAUCCCCACCCUCUCUUUCUCAGUGCCCCCCUUCUCCUACAGCUUCACCUCGACCCUCCUUCCUUCACACAAGAACUGUGUCGCCAAAGCUCAGCAACAAAAACAACAACAACAGUGCAGCUAACGGGUAUGUAGGCGGAUCUGUCAGUAAGGAAGGCUGCUGGGUGGACCACGGCAUUACGGAAACCCACCAUAGUCACUACCCACUGUGGUCUGGAUCUCACAACCGUGUAGCAAGGCCAUUUUCUGCAUCUGAACCCAGUUCACGUGUUCAGUCACCAACACCUUCUCCAACUCCAGCAUCAUUUGUCCGCCUCUGCUCCCCUCCACCACAGCAUAAUUACGCCUCUCCCAUGGCAAACAAACCCCCCAACCCUCGUAGUUCACGGGUAGUAGGUUCCCACAACCACUUGGACCUCCAUCUGGACCUAGCUAAGGCUUCCUCUGAAGCGUCUGCUUUUGGCGAUUCCUCCGCAUGUGUGAGUCCUCAAAUACUCUCUCCUCCUCCUAUUGGUGUGCCGGUUUGGACAAAAAGUUUAGUAGCGCCUCAACCGAUGAAUCCUCAAUAUUCCACCUCCCCUUCUUUACUUUUGUCCACUUUAGGCUCUCAAACUGACAGGAUAUCUUCUUCCCUCUCAGAGAGGACUCCCCUUUCAGGAUCUUCCCCUCUUCCCUCUCAAACCAUCCGUAGGCCCCUGUCUUCCAGCUUGGCAGACAGACCUUCAAGUCCAGCCCGGAGCAAUGGGAGUGGACUGCGUCGUUCUUGGGCGGACUUUAGUCAAAAAUCCCGUAGCUUUACUGCUAAUGUGCGAGGAUCCUUUGACCAGGAGGUGUCUAGUCCGAUUAGCCCAGGUAGCGUCUUGUCCUCCCAAUCAAGCCUUGGCCCUCGAGCUGGUCUGCAGUCCCCACUCUCCCCCACAACAUUUAUCCCUGGUAAGAACACAGUUAGUGGACAACAUUUCACUAGUGUUUCUUGGCCUGACGUUCAAGAGCUGUCAGGCAAAUACAAUGGAAUUGAAAGUCCAGAAACAAGUCCGACUCCAACUGCUUUGUCUCCAUUACACUUCACCUCCUCAUGUUCAGCAGACAACCAGGCUGAAUGGGGGGAUCCAGAACUGGAGGAGGGAAGCUGCCGCACUCAGCUAAUCUGUGCUUAUGUGGCCCGGCCAUCUAACCAACAACAGGUCCCCUCCUCCUCAUGUUUGAUCUAUUCCCCCACAGGGUUGACCUCCCCUCCACCUGAGUCAUACCAGCACUACAACCUUAAAGUCCAGGUACAACCUCAGGUCACACCCUCACCCCCUGCUCCCUCAACACCGUCCCCUUUACCCCUGAGUUCAUCUUCUGUGUCAAAACAGGGGAAUCAGAAGGCUAGUUACGCCACUACUGUGAACCUCCAGAUUGCUGGAAGUGGGCGAAUAACCUCGUUCAGCACCGCCCAAGUCAGCUUGACUCAAACCCUGCAGGGUGGAGCUGGCCCUCAUGGGAGCCAGGAGCAGACAGCAAGAAGAGUGAGCAUCAACGGACUCUCGCCUGUUCCUCAGAGGUGCAACAGGCAGUGAAGGGAUGAACGGCAGUCGAGGAUCUAGACAUGCUUAAACCAAACCGAGAAGGAAAUGGUUUUAGCGAAACAAACACACUUAUUCAAACUGCAAAGAGACAAUCUUCAUUAGCUGCUCGUUCAGACAUUUUGGACCUGGUCCCCCUCUGGACCUCAGAACCGCUACGGGUCCACGAACCAACCAAACAAGCAUGGUGCAAUUUGACUGAAAUAAUUUUAAACAUGAUGAACAUCAGACAUUUGAUGCAGAUUUUUAUGAUUCUGGAUUUCCGCAACAUUGUGGAUUAAAAAUUCCCUUAAAGGAUUUUACUUGCACAUGGAUCUCGUAGCUUUUGGAUUUGCAAAGAUGAUCCAGAUUAUGUAGAAAAUAGAAAGACAACCUAAAGCUGGACAUGAAGAAUUGAGAUGCUAUGAACAGUUUGAAAGUUCACUUUCUGCUGACUUCCUGCAGGUGAAAUGAACGAUUUAAUGUUGUGAAAAGCUCUUGGCUCAUGUUAGAGAGAAAGAGGACCUCUGGUAUGGAGACGGGAGUGGUAAACCACAGUUUAGUGUUAUUUUUAUUCAGGCUGUUUGAGGCCAGAGUUUAUUAUGUGCUUUGCAAUAACCUGUAUCAGUUUAAAUUGUGUU